GCACGCGUAGAGUCGGGAACAGUUCCUGUCGCGCGCGCCAAUGACGUCGCCGGCAGCUGCUCCGCGCUGAGAGGGGCGCGGCGGGAGGCUGCAGCUGGACACGUGGGGAUGGAGCCGGCUCCGGGCGCCAGGCGGCUGCGGAGGAGCCGGAGGCUGCAGGCGCAGGGGCUAGAGCCGGCGCUCGAGCGACCCCAGGAGGAGCCCAGGGCUCCGCCGCUCAGCCCCGAGGGCGGGCAAGCGGGUGCCCCCGGGGAGCCCGGCCGCGGCGAGACCCUGGGGGUGGCCCCGGCCCCGGCCCCUGCCCUGCAGCGGCGGAAUCCGGCCAAGAAGGGCAAGGAGGCGCCGGCGAUUCCCAAGGGGAAGCCUAAAUCCGGGCGGGUGUGGAAGGAUCCCGGCAAGAAGCGGUUUUCUCAUAUGAUUCAGGACAAGCCGCUCCGCACCUCCUGGGAGCGAAAGAUGAAAGAGCGCCAGGAGAAGAAAAUAGUCAAGGAUUUUGCCCGGCAUCUUCAGGAAGAAAAACAGAGGGAGCGUGAGGAGAAGAAGCAGCGCCGGGAAGAGAACUUGAAACGACGCCUGGAGAACGAGCGGAAGGCGGAGGUCGUACAAGUGAUCCGGAAUCCGCUCAAGUUGAAGCGUGCCAAGAAGAAGCAGCUGCGCCGGAUUGAGAAGCGGGAUACGCUGGCACUAUUGCAGAAACGCCAGGUGCAGCGCAAAGAGGCCAAGGAGUGAGGCUGCAGCGGGGAAGAGUAAUAAAGCCUCAGGGCAGCUGAUUCUCUGGG